UUCCGGGAUGUAACGCAGUGCUAUUCUGCUGUAAAGAUGGCGUUUGGAAUCGGUGUGUUCUCGAUGCUGAGAUUCAGGACAGUACAUAGAGGUGGACUGUUUAUGCAGGCACCGAAAAAAUAUUCGUCGGUAAAGAAAACGGAUUGCCGGGAAAUAACUACUAGCACCGGUGCUUUUUUACCACAGCCUAAUAAAGUGAGCUUUGGCCUACUCAGGGUGUUUUCUGUGGUUAUUCCCUUCUUGUAUGUGGGAACCCUUAUCAGCAAAAAUUUUGCCGCCCUACUGGAAGAGCAUGACAUCUUUGUCCCAGAGGAUGAUGAUGACGAUGACUAAAAGG